AUGGCGAACACCGAAGAAUCCCCCGGAGACACGACAGAUUUUGGUGACUUCGUGAAGGAUGAAGAAGAGGAACUUGAUCUCGAAGAGCUUGUUGAGCCAUGGCAUAGAUACGAAACAGAGGAUAACCAAAAUGUCCUCUAUCCCAUUUGCCUUGGGGAAGUUCUCAACGAGAGGUAUCUGGUUGAACAUAAACUUGGGUUUGAUGAUGGCUCAACUAUCUGCACUCUUACCUUAAAAGGAACUCCUAUGGCUUCUCACCGUGGCAAGUUUACAUAA